AGCAUAAAUAGCUUAGCCCGUCAUGGGUGAAAUACCGCUGGAUUACCUGACAAUUGGUUCUAGUAGGUGGAAUUAGUUGCUCCUAGGUUUUAAUGGUUAGAUGUGAGUCCAAAUGAUUCUUUUUUUAGAAAGAAUUCCUAUGUUUUCAAAAAAUAUUGAGAAAAAAGAGAAUUUUAUUGAAAACCCAGCUGGGAAAACCAUCAAUAUAUAUAUAGUACAAACAAGCUAGAAAGCAAGCAACACUUGCAUCAUAACCUGAAACAGGAAACAACCAACAGAAACCACACCUACAAGCUAAACAACAGAAUUACAUGGUUUAAGCACAUUUACAAAUAAACCCUAUCUAUAUAUGCUCAUAGAGUAGGGAAAGGAUUUUUUUUUUUUUUUUAAAUCAGCUCUAACUUUCACUUGCUUCCUAAUGGUAGCAAUUAUCUGCUCUUCAGUACUGAUACCGCCCUUGUGCAAGACAGCAUUUUCCUUAUAUUUUGGGACAUACAAUGGAACCUUGUUUUGUUUUGCUUUGUUUUUGUUUUUUGUUUUAAGUGUAUUAGGAGUUUGAUUGAUUAUUUAUGCAUAUAUUAAUGUUUUAUUGUUUAGUUAUUAUUUUUUCUAAACUUUAUUAUCUACAUUAGUAAUGAAAAGAGUUUUUCUAUUUUGGGUUUUCGGGAAACUCAUUUAUGGUAUAUAUUACCUAAUGAGGUGAAGAGUACACGCCUUCUUAAUCAAUAUUUGGAACUUCUGUCACCAUGUGAGAAAGAAAAUGUGUUUCGCAUGCGGGGAAAUCAGCCCCAGAAAAGAGCCCUGCUAGCCAGUGAAUUGGUCCGGACUACCAUUGCAAGAUAUCAGACAAAUUUUCAAGUCGAUCCAAGAUGCUUGAAGUUCAAGAAGAAUAUCUAUGGUAAACCAGAGGUAGAGUGGCAAGAUGUUGAUGACUCACACCUACCUCCAUUGCAUUUCAAUAUAUCACAUAACUCUUUUUUAAUAGCCUGUGGAGUGACUCUGAAUUCACCAAUUGGUAUUGAUGUGGAAGAGAAGCAACGGAAGUUAUAAGACAAUAUACUUAUUUCAUCUUCAAGCAGUAAUUCUAGUAGAAAAUUCUUAACUUGUUAGAAAGUUUUACCAUAGACAGUUCAAUGUUGGACACUCAGCAGAAGUUUGAACUUUAAAGAAACUAGGAUGGACUACCCAUAUUGUUUAUAAAAGCAAAAAUAGAAAAAACACUCUUUGAAUGCAUGAUGCACUGGAAAAAUAGAUGUUUCAAAUUUCUUUGGAUUUCACAGUUCAAUGUUGGACACUCAGCAGAAGUUUCAACUUUAAAGAAACUA